ACACUAGGCUCCCUACAGUAAAUAUUUGUGUUUGCUCAGCCGGCUGUAAUGGUGGACGACUGAAAGAGAAAAGGGAGAAAUACAAUCUCUAAAAAAUUGCAUCCCAGGCAAACACAGUGCUGCCCGUGGCUCGGACAUAAACUCCGGCAGACAUGGAUGAACUUAAACAUCAAGUGAUGAUAAACCAGUUCGUCCUGACAGCUGGAUGUGCGGCAGAUCAGGCGAAGCAGCUUUUGCAAGCGGCACAUUGGCAGUUUGAGACAGCCCUCAGUGCCUUUUUUCAAGAGACUAAUAUUCCUUACGGUCACCACCAUCAAAUGAUGUGUACUCCAGCAAACACACCAGCGACUCCCCCGAACUUCCCUGACGCUCUCACCAUGUUCUCCCGCCUCAAGGCCUCAGAAAGCUUCAACAGCAGCAGCCCUAGCAUGGCCUCUAUGGCCACCUCACCUCCUCCACCUCCUGUCAGCUGGGGCAUGACACCACCCAUGGCUGGCCAGCAGGGACUAUGGACUCAGGGGCCUCCAGCCACACAGGCCCACCCACCCCCGGGCUGGCCGUCUGCAGUCAACCAACAAGCAGCCACCGAACAGAAGGCCAGUGUGGCCAUGGAGGCCGAGAGAUGAGGAGCCGGACUGCAUGGCCCCCAGGGGUGGAUUAGGGUGGGGGUAGAACAGGGGAGGGGUGAGGCGAGGGAUGGGGAAACAAUACCAGAGAAGGGGGAGCUCGCUUUACUCUUCCACCUUUUAAGAGGUAAAGGGAGGGAUAGAGCGACACAACCAAGAAUAAACCAAGCAACAUGGACAAUUUCAAAGUGUGAGGUAGAGAAAAGCCAACAGAAAGGUAAUAAGGAAAAAAAACAGAGAAACGCACAUUGUAUUACCGAGAAAGAAAGCAACUUUCUUUUUUCCUAUUUUUUUUCUUCAAUAGAUAAAUAUGAAUGGAACUAUGAUCGUCAUGCCCAAGGAUUAUUUCUGGUAUUUCAUGAAAGAUGGACUUAUAUUCCCUAAGGCAGCAACUACUUUUGUCAUAUUUUCUUUCAAGCUUUUCAUCUGGUGUCUUUUCUGUACUCAGAUCAUUACAUGAAUUGAUGUUGCAUGAGGAUUGGAGAUAUGUUAUUGCAGUUUUUUAACUGAAUAGUAUUCAUCACAAGCGUUCAUGUGUAUGGUGUGUCGCGUUUACACACACAGGUAACAGCAAGUCGAUAGGACGUUUUCCUUUCUACAUUGGAUACUGGGACUUUUUGUACCUCACUGGUCACAUGACUUUCCUCAGCCAAUCAGGGAAUCUCACUAGUUGAAUACAGAACAUUUUUUAAAGCCGAAUUUUACAUUGGGCAUCAGCCUUGCUACUCUUCCUCAUGCAGUAACACAAUGAAUGAUGUUGUCAAAGCUCUGUUAGGCUGACUAGAUACACCUGGACUGUUUUUUUUGUUUUUGUUUUUUGUUUUGUUUUUUUUUUUUUAGCUCCCUGCAAUGACCAACAGACAUUUUGAAAUUAUGGUUGACUAUUUUAUUACUUUUUUUUUGUGGGUAGGUGGAAGGAGACGUUUUAAUUAGACUGUUGUUUCUUGGGAAGGGGCAAACUCCAACUGCUAAAAACUACACACAACCAGACUACUAAAUGACGUUUGUAAGCAGACUUGCCACUUUGCAUGAUGUAUUCAUAUAUAACUAUAUAUCAUAUUUUGUAGUUUCUUGCUUUUUUGGGGGGGAAUUCUACAUGAGCUCCUUGUUUUGCAAGCUGAUUUUUUUUUUUUUUUUUUUUUUUUUUUUUUUUUUUAGAAAUGUCUCUCUUUCCCUUCUCUGGGUGCAUUCAUUGAGAGGAGGGUUAGGGAGAGAGAGACAAAUUCUAAUUCAGGGUAGGUCUCAUCCACUUUUCUAAUGUAUGUUUAUUUAAAAAGGAUAAAAUUAGAAAAAUAUUUUAAUGUUCAUUUGAUUGUUUCUUUUAGGAUGAAAGCAACUGAGUAAUUUUCAUGAACUGAUUAUCAAUAAACCUUCUUAAAUUUGACUUUUUUUUCCCCCAUUUUCACCAGUUUUCUAAUCAAAAAUUGUCUUUUGGGAUCACAUGUUCCUUAACAGGUUUUCAUGUAAGUUUUCCCCUGUAUGACUGUAUUGAUACCAUUCCCACAAUAUUUGUGGACUACCUGAUAAUUAACUUAUCAUUGUUUGUGUUCCUAAAUAAAUAUUGUAUGUCCUAUGCUA